AUGAGUGAGCUAACGCAUCCUUUGAUCAUUGAUGGAUGGUUUAAAGAAGUCAGUGAUGAGUGUUUCCCGGGUCAGGCAUUUAGCUUAAGGGUGGAAAAGAUAUUGUAUGCAAAGAAAUCCAAAUACCAGGAUGUGCUCGUCUUCAAAUCCACAGAUUUCGGAAAUGUGUUGGUUCUAGAUGGAAUAAUUCAGUGCACAGAAAGAGAUGAAUUCGCAUAUCAAGAAAUGAUUACACAUGUGGCAAUGUUUGCACACAUGAACCCAAGGAGAGUAUUGGUCAUUGGUGGUGGAGAUGGUGGUGUUCUUCGAGAGGUGAUAAAGCAUCCUAUGGUAGAAGAGGCCACCCUUGUUGAAAUUGAUAAUUCUGUUAUUGAACUUUCUAAGAAGUACUUACCACAUAUGGCUUGCUCAUAUGAUAAUCCCAAGGUUAAGGUCGUUCUUCAAGACGGAUUCAAGUUCUUGAAAGACUGCGCUUCAAAAGAGGAGUCGCAAAAGUAUGACGUCAUUAUAACGGAUUCUUCCGAUCCCGAAGGCCCAGCUGAAAACUUCUUUACUGAGAAUUACUACCAACUUUUAUACGAUGCACUCACACCUGAUGGUGUGGCGACCUCCAUGGCUUCUGAAAAUAUAUGGCUUAACAUUAAAAAGCUUGCCCAUUUAAGGAAAGCUGCCAGUCAGGUAUUCCCUGUUGCCCGGGUCUCGAACUGUACAAUUCCUACCUACACUUCCGGUCAGAUUGCAAUAUUGUGUUGUGCCAAGAAUUCGCAUGUCGAUGUAUCAAAACCUAUAAGAACAGUUACAGAAUCUAAAGAGGGAACACUGUUUAAAUAUUAUAACCAUCAGAUACACAGUGCAAGCUUUGUUCUCCCUACUUGGGCCAAGAAUAUAAUAUAUCAAUAG